CUGUACAACGCCUUUCCCACCCUAAUGAAGUGGAUCCCAGGACCCCAUCACACCAUUUUCAAAAACUGGGGGAAACUGAAGUGUUUUGUGAGGGAAAUUAUUGCAAAGCACAAAGAGGACUGGAAUCCCUCAGAAACCAGAGACUUCAUUGACUGUUAUCUGAAGGAAAUGGCAAAGGCGGAUACUGACUAUAGUUUCCAUGAAGAAAAUCUUGUAUUUUCCACAUUGGAUCUUUUUUUUGCUGGAACUGAAACAACAUCUACAACCAUCCGCUGGGCUCUGCUGUACAUGGCCACAAAUCCAGAGAUUCAAGAAUACGUUUUGUUAUGUGCACCAAGGCCGCCUAGAAUUGCAACAAGGGAUACAACACUGGCUGGAUACCAAGUGCCAAAAGGUACUGUUUUAAUUUUCAAUUUAACAUCAGUGCUGUUUGACAAGAAUGAGUGGGAAACCCCUCAUACUUUUAAUCCUAAGCAUUUUCUGGAGAACGGUCAAUUCAAGAAGAGAGACACUUUCCUCCCAUUCUCUGCAGGAAAGCGGGGUUGCCUUGGUGAGCAGCUGGCUAGAACAGAGCUGUUCCUGUUCUUCACCAUCCUCCUUCAGAAAUUCACAUUCCAAGCUCCAAAGGACGUAAAGCUAAGCCUUGAAUACAGAAUGGGAAUUACUCUCCACCCAUUGCCAUACCAAAUCUGUGCAGUGUCUCGGUAGAACAAAC